AUGCAAACCAAUUUAGAAGACUUAUUCUUUUGUGAUAAUUCAGAACACUCAUCAUAUCCUUUUAACAGUAAUCAUAAUAUCACGUCAAUAAAUGAUAUUUCAUAUCGUAAUACUAUACAAUCUUAUUAUAUGGAGCAAUUUAAUCAAAGUUAUUCAACUAAUAUCAAUAGUAUGUGUGUUAGUUCGUCUACUGAGCGUUUGGUGAUCGAUGAUAAUCGUAACAAUUAUAAUAAUUCGUAUAAUGAAAGUUUUCAAAAUUAUAAUAAUAACAAUUGUUCGAAUUAUGAUUACAAUUGGAAUUUAUAUCAUCAGUGUGAAGAAAAUAUUGAAGAAGAAAAAGCAUUUUUGGAAAAUAAAAUAAAAGACUGCCGCCAAAGUGUAAAAAUGGUGAAAGAAAUUGAAAAAGAUACUGCCACAACAUCUUUCUCAGUAGCAAAUAGUACUCCAAAUUCAACAUCAGCCGUCUCAUCGUCACGCAAAGAACGUACAGCAUUUACGAAGGAUCAAAUUAAAGCAUUGGAGAAUGAAUUUUUACACGCAAAUUAUUUAACUCGAUUAAGAAGAUAUGAAAUCGCAGUGGCAUUAGAUUUAACAGAAAGACAGGUUAAAGUUUGGUUUCAAAAUAGACGCAUGAAAUGGAAAAGAUUAAAAAUGGAAAAACAAUUGUAACAUUAAUGUAGUAAAAUAAAUAUUCUUUUUGUAUACAUUUAAUUUUAAUUAUAAAAAAAUCAUUAUAUA